ACAACAAAAUUAAAAUUGUUAUUUUCCAUUCCAAUUUCAUAGUUUGAAUUUUGUGUACCAAAAUUGCUAUGACUAAAGACUUCACAUUUUGAAUGACUGAAAAUAUUGAUUACGCAAAUGGAAAAUGAGAAGAGAAGGGCUUUCCCGGAGAGUUUUGGGUCGCCGGCGCCAUUGAGCAUUAUGAAGCUAGUGGAGAUCGAUUGCGGCAUUCCAUUCCUCUCCGAGGAAAUCGUCUUCAACAUUCUCAAGCGACUCCCAGUGAAAUCCUUGAUCCGGUUUCGAAGCGUUUGCAGUCUCUGGAAGAAUCUCAUCAACACGCCUUCCUUCAUCUCCGAACACCUCGGCCACUCCCACCUUCAAAACCCUUCCCUCGUCUUCCAGCGGAAUCUCGUCGGCGAUUCCCUGAAUCUGUACUUGCUCGAUCGCGACUUGCAUCUCCGCGAUGUUCACAACGGACCUUCGAUCGACUCCUUCAGGUCCGCCAGGAUCGUCGGCUCCAGCAACGGAUUGCUCUGCGUCCAGAUCGAUCUGCGCGGUGUUUUCCCUCCUACGAUUCUACUCUGGAAUCCUGCAAUUAGAGAGGUUAUACAGGUGCCUAGAAGUAGAACAAUCAAUGAUUUUCGAUUCGAUUGUGUUCUGGGAUUCGCCUUCAGUCCAAUCGUUAACGAUUACAUGAUAGUGACAACUUAUGCAAAAACUGGUGAUGUUGUUAGUGGAGUUGAAGUUUAUUCGUUGAGCACGAAUUCGUGGAAGGGGGUAGAAUUCACCCCGUUGGAGGCUAUAAGCUUUCUCAGUGACUGUGUCUGCGUUAAUGGAUCCAUCUUCUGGGUCACAGUGAAGAGAGGCUUGGCAUUUGAUGGGGGAGAUGAUGCUUAUUUCAUUGUUUCUUUUGACCUGGCAAUGGAAGAGUUCAAGUUGAUUGCACCACCUCCUUUAUCAAGGAAUAUAGGUGCUAAGCUGGCUGUGUAUGAGGACAGACUUGCCAUACUCUAUUACUACUGCUCCGAUGCUGUCGACUCAAGACAUACUUUCAUUGAUUUGUGGGUGAUUUGUGACGAGGGCAUUGGGGGCGGUUGUGAUGCGAGAUUGAGUUGGACUAAGAAGUUUACCCGUGGCCCUUAUCCGUGCUAUUUACACCCAUUGACGAUCUGGAGGAAUCGGAUCGUCUGCGAUGUUUUCGCGAUUCAAACUUGCGAAGAUGAACCCGGAGAAGAAGAGAAAAGGAGUGAUGAGAUGAAAGCCGGUAUGUAUUUGUUUAAUCUUGCUUCCGACGAUUUUGUGGUCUUUGAUUCUGAUAGGUACGGCGACAAUCAUGAUGUUUUUGGUUAUUUUGAAUGCCUCGUGCCAGUGAGCAACAUUCACAUCAAAAACCUUUGAUUCCAAAGCUUAAUUUUUGCUUUGAUUCAAAUGUGGCAUUCAGUUUUUGGUUUGUUUGUUUAAAUGCAUCUCUAGCACCGUUUAGAUCAUUGUAUAAUAGACGUAUAAUCUUGUA